AUGCAAGGUGCUAUACAGUCGAGUGACCCUCUGCCUCUCACGGUAGAGGAACUCACCGCUUCAUGGUUUACCAAGAUUCUCGAAAAGCCAGUCAAAGAGGUCGCCCUCGUUGAGGCUAUUCAUGGAACAGCCUCCAAGAUUCUGCUCAAGUUAACUUUCGAGGACGACACCAUUACACCAGUAUGUGUCAAGGGCGGGUUUAAUCCAGCUCUCGUAGCCUCUCUCCCUUUCAUGUUUCCCAUCUACCGACUCGAAGCCGAAUUUUAUUAUUAUCUUGCGCCCAAGCUCAAGAUCCCUCUUCCACGAACCAUCUACUCUGGCACCGAUACUGUGAAUGGCCAGGGCCUCAUGGUCCUCGAAGAUCUCAGAGCGCAAGGGUACUCCUUUGGUAAUCCUCUUGAGACAUGGCCCGUUAGUCGUGUAGAGGCGAGUGUCAAGCAGUUGGCUACACUGCAUGCCAGCACAUGGGGUAGUCGCGGCGACGACAUCCCGUCUCUUAGCAAGACAUUGUCCCUGAGAGAUGCUGUUGUCGGGUUAUUGGCGCCAGAAGAAUGGGGAAAGCGUUUUGCCCCGGAUGCUAGACCACCUGUUCCGGUACAAAUGGAGAAUCGGGAGCUCAUCUUGGCAACGUUUAAAGCACUUUGGGACUCCAAGACCAAGAUGAACUGUCUCGUACAUGGAGACGCACAUAUUGGCAACACCUUUAUUGCGCCCUCGGGAGAACCUGGGUUCCUCGACUGGCAAGUUAUCCAUCCUGGAUCAGCUAUGCAUGAUGUAGCCUACUUCAUCAUUGGAGCAUUCUCGAUUGAUGACCGACGGCAGCACGAGAAGAAGCUUCUGCAAUCCUACCUGGACGCUCUGCACGCUGCAGGAGGACCGGAAAUGCUUCUGGAAGACAUCUGGGAUGAGUACCUGAAACAAGCAUUCCACGGGUUUGCAUGGGUUCUUGCAGGGCCUAUGAUGCAGAAACGUGAGAUUGUCGAUGUGAUGAGUGAGCGACACUGCACCGCGAUCGAAGACCACAAGAUCAUAGAGCUGCUGGGAGCUUAG